AUGGGCUCAUCUCCUCUUCCCGUGAGCUUGCAGAGCAAGUUCCAGCGACCCCGAGCGGCAUCCCGAUUGAGAGACCUCCGAGGCAACGUUAACAUACUUCGCAAUAUCAUAUUCGCAUUAUUCCUCCUCCGCAUCGUGCGCAAGUCGUUCUGGUUCCUACGAGGCCAUGGUAUCUUCGGAUCGGUCGUCGUCCUCUACCGACAUCUCCACAAGACCGCCUAUACGGUGUUCCUCAACCUGCCCGGAGUUAAGUCCCAGGUGUCGAAACAGUUGGAGGUCGCAAAGAAAGAGAUCGAGGACAAACUCGUACCGACGGGCCCCGGAGUCACUCGCUACCUCCAACUGCCGAAGGAGCCUUGGACCCGCGAUCAAUUGAACGCCGAGUUGGAGUCGUUGGCGACGAUGAAACGAACCCGGUGGGAAGAAGGAAAAGUAUCGGGCGCAGUGUACCACGGCGAACAGUUCCUGUUGGACAUACAAAGCGAUGCCAUGAAGCUCUUCAGUGUGGCCAAUCCCAUCCAUGCCGACGUCUUCCCUGCCGUCCGAAAGAUGGAAGCCGAGGUGGUGGCCAUGGUGCUAUCUCUGUUCAAUGCUCCCGCGUCGGGGGCGGGCACCACGACGUCCGGAGGAACAGAAUCGAUUCUGAUGGCCUGUUUGUCCGCCCGACAGAAGGGCUAUGCGGAACGCCGAAUCAGAGAGCCUGAAAUGAUCAUCCCUAGUACGGCUCACGCCGCGUUCCACAAGGCUGCCAGCUAUUUCAAGAUUAAGCUACACCUUGUCGACUGUCCCGCACCGGAAUACAUGGUGGACAUCAAGAGAGUCAGGAGAUUGAUCAAUCCCAACACCGUGCUGCUGGUCGGUUCGGCGCCCAACUACCCGCACGGGAUCGUCGACAACAUUCCGGCCUUGUCGAAACUUGCGGUUUCCUACAAGAUUCCACUGCAUGUCGAUUGCUGUCUGGGCUCCUUCAUCAUGCCCUGUCUUUCCAAGGCUGGCUUUCCUUCGCCAUGGGCGGACGAAGGCGGCUUCGACUUCCGCCAACCCGGCGUGACUUCGAUCAGCGUUGACACGCACAAAUACGGCUUUGCGCCCAAGGGCAACAGCUGUGUCCUGUACCGCAACCGCCAGCUACGUGAAUACCAAUACUUUGUCUGCCCGGAGUGGUCUGGCGGCGUGUACGGCUCACCGACCAUAGCUGGGUCACGACCGGGCGCUCUUAUUGCAGGAUGCUGGGCCAGUAUGAUGUCGAUCGGGGAGAAGGGCUACGUGGAUGCGACGCAUAAGAUUGUCAGCACAAAACUCACCAUUGAGAACGCGAUCAAGGAACAUCCCGUUCUCAAAGAGACUUUGCGCAUCCUAGGCAGGCCGAUGGUCAGUGUCGUGGCCUUCGAUUCCGCAGACCCUACCAUUUCCAUCUAUGACAUCGCCGACGCCAUGAGCCGCCGGCAAUGGCAUCUCAAUUCGCUGCAAGACCCUCCCGGUGUGCACGUUGCUGUGACGUUGCCCAUGACUCGUCCUGGAUCCGUGGAUGUGCUGAUUGAUGAUCUGGUCGCCGUGGUCGCGGAGGAGAAGGAAAAGGCCGUGGAACGAAUCAAGGCCGGCGGGCCUAUCGACCAAGCCAAAGCUAAAGGAUCUAGUGCCCAACUUUAUGGCGUCGCGGGCAGUCUGCCGGACAAGUCUAUUGUCAAGGAACUGGUGGUGGCUUAUUUGGACACUCUCUACAAGGCAUGA